AUGAACUCUUAUUUAGAAUAUAUUCCCAGUGCAGAUAUUCUGACGUUUUCGCCAAAGUUCUGUCACAGUAAUUCUUCAUCUGUCUCGUUGAAGCAGUGCUCCGGAGAAGGUCGGUACAUAGCACUUGGACCGGAAGGUGAUCCAUCUCCCAGCCAUCAUCACCUUAAUCACCUUCAUCAGGCGGUACCAGCUAACCUCGAACUUUCCUAUAACUCCUCUUCAACUGCAGAUAUUAACCUCUUACCUCAGAGUAAUCACGGCUGUGACUUUGCUUAUGCUGCUAACCAGGAGUUGGAUGACACUGGGGGACUUAUCUCAUACACCACCUCUGUUUACUCAGGAGGCGCUUCUUUCCCGCUUGGUGCGCGCCGGCACGACUACAACGUCUUUGGUGAACAGGAGCAGGAACAAUACCAAAGCUAUGGCAAGGAGUUCCCAAACUUUUACUCCGGGCAAUAUCAGAGUCUAUCCCCUUCUCAGGGCGUUUACCAAAGGCCAGAGUCUCCCACAAUUGAAAAGAUCCUUACUGCAAAUACCUUCGAUUGGAUGAAGGUGAAGAGAAAUCCUCCCAAAACAGCUAAACCAACCGACCACGGAGUCGCCAGCCCUCCCAACACAGCACGUACAAAUUUCACCACCAAACAACUGACGGAACUGGAGAAGGAAUUUCAUUUCAGUAAAUACUUAACACGAGCCAGGCGUGUGGAAAUAGCUAACGCCCUGCAACUCAGUGAAACCCAGGUGAAGAUUUGGUUUCAGAACAGAAGAAUGAAGCAAAAGAAGAGAGAGAGAGAAGGCCUCCUCGUCAGUCUAACCUGUUUAGGCGGUAGUCAGGACUCACCGUUCACAGAAACUUCUGAGAAAUCCGACCCUACCUCGCCAUUGCCUUCGCCACCAACAAAGAGCACGUCAGAAACUCCGAACCUUGCUGAAUUGAAUUAACUGUUCUGAAAAAUAAUCAAGACUUAGUUCUCAAACCGCA